CCAAAGACUUUCCUCCCAAAAUUUCCCCAUCAAGAUAGAAAUGGACUUUGGCGAUCGAUCUGAGUGCCGUUCCGCCUGGGAAAGCUUCCGCCGGCCGUCGAUGCCGAUGGAUCACCCCGCCGCCGUCGCCUUCGCAGUCUUUUUCUCCGGCGGCACCGGUAUGCUGCAUUCGAGAUCUCCGGCGGUGAAAGCACCGCCGCUUGGUACACCGCGAGAUCCCGCCAGUUGGCCAUUCCCUCGCUCC